AUGCCUCAGAAGAGAGAAGUCACAACUACUUUGUCAUAUCAAGCAAAAGCAUCUUCACGGAGAUCGUUGUUCAUUCCAAGAGAUACAAGAGACACGAAAGAUAUAGCAAAGCUUUCGCAAAAAGAUCUUCAAAACCAACUUGAAAAAAAUCUCAGACUUCUUGCAAAUGAAGAAAUUAUUUCAAAAUUGCCGGACAAAGGACAGAAGCUACAUGAAACAAAUUCGCGAAUCAAAAAGCAACUCGAAAAACUCAACUCUAAAACAAUACCGUUGAAUCAGUUAGAGGAUCAACUGAGUAAUAUAGCAAUUAGUGAUAACAAAAAACAAGCGAAUAAAGUGGGAAAACACUAUCAGAAUAAUAGAACUACCAGCUUUAUAUCUAUAUCAGAAAGCAUAAAACUUCAAGAAAAACAAAAGCAACUUGAAGAGGAAAUUAGGUUUAAGCAGUUAACUGAGCAAUUUGAAAAGAUGACGGUUAAAAGUGAUAUAGGCAAUUUUACACAAUAUCGUACCACAAGUGAUGGUGAACUUGAGGAAAUAGUUUCUGAUGAAGAGUCAAGCCAUUCGCAUUACUCAGAUGAUGAUGAUGAUCAAUAUUAUUAA